CCUUGGCUGCCAUUUUCCCUAGAAGUUUCGCUUCAACUAGUAAUACAAACAUACAGUAUUUAGUGAUUAUACGUUUGCAUCGAUAGAAAUGUUUGCAUCCGUAGUUGUUUACUGCUUUCUUACAGUUUGCAGUAUUAUUUAUGAACAUUAAUGUUUACGAUAAAAAUAACCACAAAAGCAAUAUGACUAGCACAGAGGAAGUUAAAAUAGAAUUUAAGAGAAAGUCCAGGAAAUCUUUAAGGAAACGACAUGUUUCGUCUGAUGAAGAUGAUAAUGAAAAUGAAGAAACGUCGAUUAGAGAAAAAGUGGAAGAGAUGAAAAUUAUACAGAAGCUUCGUGAGCGUCCAAAAGGAGUGAAUGUUGUUGGAUUAGCUCUUGGAGAAAAUGUAACACCCGAUGUGAUGACAUCAGAUCCAUUUAACGUGAAAACUGGAGGAAUGGUGAACAUGGCUGCGUUAAAAAAUACUAAACUUAAGCAAAAUGAUGCUUAUGAAACAGGUAUAGGUACACAAUUUAAUGCUGAAACAAACAAAAGAGAUGAAGACGAAGAAAUGGUGAAGUAUAUAGAAGAAGAAUUAUCAAAAAGAAAAAGCAAAAAUGAAGACAAAACAGAAAAUGGAUCCAGCAAUGAUAAAGGAUCCUAUUGUUCACCAGAGGAAGCAGCAUUACAAGCAGUACCUGAACAUUUAAGACAAAGUUCUGCUCAUAGAAGUGAAGAAAUGCUUUCUAAUCAAAUGUUGUCUGGUAUUCCAGAAGUAGAUCUUGGAAUCGAAGCAAAAAUCCGUAAUAUCGAAGCAACGGAAGAAGCUAAGUUGAAAUUGCUUUGGGACAGACACAGGAAGAAAGAUGGUCCUUCACAAUUUGUACCGACAAAUAUGGCUGUGAAUUUUGUACAACACAACAGAUUUAAUAUAGAGGAUGCAGACUUUCAAAAGUCUAAGCAAGAUUCUGAUGAUAGAAAGAAAGUAACAGCUCCCAGGGAUGAUUUUAAAGGAAAACGAAAAGAUAACGGAGAAAAAGCAACCGAUGAUUACCACUACGAGCGAUUUAAAAAACAAUUUAGACGAUUUUAAAAAUAGUUGUAACCUUGAAAUAAGAAUUUAUGUAUCUUUUUGCAAUAU